GUUGCGAGAGGCAGACACUGUGUGAGCAUUUAGGUCGACUUCUUCUUCGUUGCGAUAGCGCAGCCGCAGGCGAAAUCUCGUGUGCGAAAUUUGUUUCGAUUUUCGUGAACCGUACUAACAAGCGAAGGCAAGAAUCAAAAUCAUGUGACAUCAAUUCAGUUUCAAAACCAAACCUUAUGCGAUAGAAAAUGUCGACCAGGACCAGCAAGGGUGCGCCUGAUGCUGAUCAUGGGAGACAUUAAAAAACAAGAAGCUUCUAAACGAAGACCAUGGAGUCCGUAGUUGCGAUGAAGCUCGGUGGAAGACCCAGCUGUGGCAUUAUUGGUCUGGUCGCGUUUUUUGCUCCUUUGAUCGCACACGCGGAACAACAUCUGCGCGGACAUCAAGGCUUCGCGGAGGCAGAUGCAGCGCCGGCAGCAGCAGUUCCUGAACCCACAGAGGCGAAUGCUGGUGCUGCUACAACGAGCACCAGCAGCGGCGCACCCAGUUCCAGAGAUGACGAUCCCGGCGACGAUUCUCCAAGAAAAUAUGAUCUGAAGAAUAUUGGUAUAAUUUACAUUAUUUGCUUGCUUUUGCCGACCCGUACAACGAACUUUGGUUGCGAGCCUCUUCGAAUGUUCGUACAAGAGUAGAAUUAUUGGUGAAGCCGUCUAAAAAAUCCUACUCCAGGUUUGCGGGAAGAUGGCCUCAGCGACGCGGAGAUCGAGGCGAUGCAGACCAUCGUGGACCGAAGCGACGGCGACGUAGACGCCGCGACGGUGGCCUACGAGUCCGGGUGUGUCACCGCUUUUGUUGGGUUCGACGUCAACAAGGACACGUACGUGGACGGGAAUGAGUGUCCGUGUCUGUUCGAAAGUGCUGGUGACCACACGGCACUGACGGGGCAAGACCAAGAAGCAGUUACGUCUGGGCAUGACGGAGGACCGCAAGGGGAGCAACGACCGGAUUCUCCUUCAUCAACGGGGGUUGCAAGAAGUGCAACCACGUCGCACGACGCGGAGGACAUCCUCGGCUUCAUGCCGUUUUGUGUGGACCAGAUGUUGCGUCUGCAACAAGGAACGGCUGCGGAUGAAACGGGCGGGGCAUCUGUCGAAGUCGGUGUCACCGCUACCGGACAAACACGGAUCAGCACUUCCACGGAAAGGGGGGACAGGGUGGGGAAUGUCAACAUUUGCAAGUGGUGCCCCAAGUGAUGAGAUCACAGGGUUGAUCUUGAUUUAUCUGCUUUCAGAUGCAGUUUUUUAUUGAGAGUUUUUGAUUUACUUAGUUUCGUCAAUGACUUGGCUUCGUACUCUUGCUGUAGCACCGUCAAACAAGAACACGCUCAAGCAGUGCCCACAAGAAGGUCAAGUGCAUGCUCAUCUUGAUCUUGCAGCUGAAAUCAAAUUACUGGAGCCGAUGGUAAGAACUACUACAACUCCUGCAGUCUUCAAUGAUUGCUCCUGUUUUAU